GGGUUGCUAUUGAGGCGGCGGCGUCUUGCUCGAGGGACUCUCCUCUGUGGCUUGCUAAGGUGCUUUCUCGCUGCAGUGCGUUGGCGGCGGUGCCUGCCCGACCAAACCAGCUCCAGCUCCGUGGUCAUUAUCCCAGUCCAGUGAGUCCUGUGAUGUGGUCUCUGGAGCAGCACCAUCACCAUCAACUGGGAACUUGUUAGAAAUGCAGAUUUGGGGGCCCAGCAACUUGUCUUUAACAAGCCUUCCAGGACUUGAAGAUACUGGAAAUCUAAUUGGCUUCAAAUUCUCAUACAAGCCAGAAAAUGCAUAACCGGCGGGCAUGAGAGGUUAAGAACGCUCGACUUCCUUGCAAACCUUGGUACAGAUAACUUCCUUCUCUGUAGGUUGGAGUCAAAGAGCACAAUGAGUACAAGAAAGCGUCGUGGUGGAACAAUAAGUUCUAGACAAGCCCAGAAGCGAACCCGGGAAGCAACCUCCACCCCCGAGAUUUCCUCAGAAGCAGAGCCCAUAGAACUUGUGGAAACUGCUGGAGAUGAAAUCGUGGACCUCACCUGUGAAUCUUUAGAGCCCGUGGUUGUCGACCUGACUCACAAUGACUCUGUUGUGAUUGUCGAUGAAAGGAGGCGGCCAAGGAGGAACACGAGGCAGUUGCGCCAGGAGCAUGCUGACAGCUGUGUGGUCAGCAGUGACGAUGAGGAGUUGUCCAGAGACAGAGACGUAUAUGUGACCACCCAUACUCCCAGGAAUCCCAGGGCCGAAGGAGCUACAGGACUCAGGCCCUCUGGUACAGUCAGUUGUCCGAUCUGCAUGGAUGGAUACUCAGAGAUUGUGCAGAAUGGACGUCUCAUUGUUUCCACAGAAUGUGGCCAUGUCUUCUGUAGCCACUGCCUCCGUGAUUCCCUUAAAAAUGCUAACACUUGCCCAACUUGUAGGAAAAAGAUCAACCACAAACGAUACCACCCCAUUUAUAUAUGAAGUGUUCAGAGCUGCUCAGGAGAGAUGGAUGGACAGACAGCCAGCCUGGCUGGGUUCUCCACAUGGUAUCUGCCUCCAAUUUCCUGAGCUCAAGA